CCUCCUCCAAAGGGCAACCUGCCCGCCCGUUCCGCCCCCGCAGCACUCCUACUGAAGGUGACUGUGCCCGGCGAGGACGCAGAGGGGCGGGGCCCCGAGAGCUGGGAGCCAGGAUUGGGUGGGGGGCGGGGCGGCGGAGGGAUUGCGGUGGCCCUUUAGCUGGCAUAACCUUGAGGCUGAGGUAGCUGAUCCCCGCACUGGAGCAACGCGUUGCGAGCCUUCGGACCUCUCUGCUGUAGCAGCGCAUCCCGAGCCGGACGACGUCGGAGCUCCCCUGGACCCAAGACCUCAGAAGCCAUGUCGAAGCCCCAUAGUGAUGCCGGGACUGCCUUCAUUCAGACCCAGCAGCUGCACGCGGCCAUGGCUGACACAUUCCUGGAGCACAUGUGCCGCCUGGACAUUGACUCGCCGCCCAUCACGGCCCGGAACACCGGCAUCAUCUGCACCAUUGGCCCAGCUUCCCGAUCAGUGGAGACGCUGAAGGAGAUGAUUAAGUCUGGAAUGAAUGUGGCUCGUUUGAACUUUUCUCAUGGAACUCAUGAGUACCACAAAGAGACCAUCAAGAACGUGCGUGAAGCCACGGAAAGCUUUGCUUCCGACCCCAUUCUCUACCGGCCAGUGGCUGUGGCCCUGGACACUAAAGGACCUGAGAUCCGAACCGGGCUCAUCAAGGGCAGCGGCACCGCCGAGGUGGAGCUGAAGAAGGGAGCUGCACUCAAGAUCACCCUGGAUAACGCCUACAUGGAAAAGUGUGACGAGAACACCCUGUGGCUGGACUACAAGAACAUCUGCAAGGUGGUGGACGUGGGCAGCAAGAUCUACGUGGAUGACGGCCUUAUUUCUCUGCAGGUGAAGCAGAAAGGUCCUGACUUCCUGGUGACGGAGGUGGAGAAUGGUGGCUCCUUGGGCAGCAAGAAGGGUGUGAACCUACCCGGGGCUGCUGUGGACCUGCCUGCCGUCUCAGAAAAGGACAUCCAGGAUCUGAAGUUUGGGGUAGAGCAGGAUGUGGAUAUGGUGUUCGCGUCUUUCAUCCGCAAGGCAUCUGAUGUCCAUGAAGUCAGGAAGGUCCUGGGAGAGAAAGGAAAGAACAUCAAGAUAAUCAGCAAAAUUGAGAAUCACGAGGGAGUUCGGAGGUUUGAUGAGAUCCUGGAAGCCAGUGAUGGGAUCAUGGUGGCGCGUGGUGAUCUAGGCAUUGAGAUUCCUGCAGAGAAGGUCUUUCUUGCUCAGAAGAUGAUGAUUGGGCGGUGCAACCGAGCUGGGAAGCCUGUCAUCUGUGCCACGCAGAUGCUGGAGAGCAUGAUCAAGAAGCCUCGCCCCACCCGGGCUGAGGGCAGUGACGUGGCCAAUGCAGUCUUGGACGGAGCCGACUGCAUCAUGCUGUCUGGAGAGACGGCCAAAGGGGACUACCCGCUGGAAGCUGUGCGCAUGCAACACCUGAUUGCCCGUGAGGCAGAGGCUGCCAUCUACCAUUUGCAAUUAUUUGAGGAGCUCCGCCGCCUGUCGCCCAUUACCAGUGACCCCACCGAAGCCGCCGCCGUGGGUGCCGUGGAGGCGUCCUUCAAGUGCUGCAGUGGGGCCAUAAUCGUCCUCACCAAGUCUGGCAGGUCUGCACAUCAGGUGUCCAGAUACCGCCCCCGGGCUCCCAUCAUUGCUGUGACCCGGAAUCACCAGACAGCUCGCCAGGCCCACCUGUACCGUGGCGUCUUCCCUGUGGUGUGUAAGGACCCAGUGCAGGAGGCCUGGGCUGAGGACGUGGACCUCCGGGUGAACUUGGCCAUGAAUGUUGGCAAGGCCCGAGGCUUCUUCAAGAAGGGAGAUGUGGUCAUUGUGCUGACCGGGUGGCGCCCUGGUUCUGGCUUCACCAACACCAUGCGUGUAGUUCCUGUGCCGUGAUGGGCCCCGGAGCCCCUCCUUCAGCCCCUGUCCCAUUCCCCUUCCCCAUCCCAUCCAUUAGGCCAGCAAUGCUUGUAGUGCUCACUUGGGGCUGUGGUGUGGCACUGGGCUGGGACGCCAGGGAAGAAGAUUAACGCCUCUGUGAAACACGGCUGUUCUUAAGACCCUGCUUGGGUGGGGUAGUUCAGAGCUGGGCCACCCAUCAUGUGGCCCCAUCCAAGCAAGGGACGGAGGAGUGGUGCAGGCAGGACUGGAGGCCCCAGAGCUUCACACAGAGGGCAACAGCUCCUGCUUCUCUUCCUUUGUGUACUCGCUUCAGUUCCUGUAGAAAAUGGAUACCCAGAGAACUCCCAGCCCUGGCGUGGGAUCAGGAGAUAGCCGGCUAAGAGUAGGGGCCUUAGGGCAUGGGGCAGAGGUUCCAGUUUAAGCAGACUCUGGCCCUGGCCCUUGCUUGCUUCUCCAGCCCCCUCAGCCUCCCUCACUCCCACCUUGUUGUGCACUUCUGUUCCUUCACUCCACUCGACUGUUGCUGCAGACAAACACUCCACCCUCCACCUUCCAUUUCCCCCACUACUGCAGCCGCCUCCAGGCCUGUUGCUAUAGAGCCUACCUGUAUGUCAAUAAACAACAGCUGAAGCACC